UGCCGCAGACUUUCGAAACGUAGCGCCACUGGCGGUGUAGCCUAAAGCGACUGAGACACGUAUGUGUAAGCUCCGGCGGUAUCGUCUGCUGCAGUCAUUCCACACGAGGAAUAAAUGAAUGACACAGGAUAGCCAAGGUUCAGAGAAGCCCGCCACAACGUGACAUGGAGACGCGCAAGCGUCCCACCAGCGAGCAUCAAAAUUCCACCGGAGACGGCACCCUGGCUACAAGCGGAAACCCGCAGCUGGAGGAUGGCUGGGCUAGCGGGGAUGGUCACCACAAUGACAAAGACCAUGUUGGUGGUGUACGAGAAGAGUGGCGUAGCAUUGCACUCCUGCUGUUUCUGUACGUGCUCCAAGGCAUCCCACUGGGCCUCGGUUCAGCAGUGCCAUUGUUGCUUCAGAACAGGCAUGUCAGCUACAAGGAACAAGCCCUGUUCAGCUUCGUGACAUGGCCCUUCAGCGUGAAGCUCCUAUGGGCCCCCAUCGUAGACUCUCUGUACUCGAGCCGUUUUGGCCGGCGCAAGUCGUGGCUGGUGCCCACCCAGUACGCCAUUGGCCUGUCCUUCUUCUGGCUGUCAUCGCACGUGCGAUUCCUGCUGGGCGACGAGGAAGGCAGCAGCGAGACGCAGCCCAGCGUCCUCAUGCUGACGGUCAUUUUCCUGUCGCUAAACUUCCUGGCAGCUACUCAGGACAUUGCCGUCGACGGCUGGGCCCUCACAAUGCUCUCGAGGAGGCACGUAGGCUAUGCCUCCACGUGCAAUUCUGUGGGGCAAACGGCUGGAUAUUUCUUGGGCAACGUGGUCUUCUUGGCUCUCGAGUCUGCUGACUUCUGCAACCGGUACCUGAGGUCUGAACCUCGGAAGGAUGGCAUUGUCAAUCUUGAUGGGUUCCUGUAUUUCUGGGGCAUCGUGUUCAUGGUGACAACCACCCUAGUGGCCCUGCUGAAACACGAGCGGGAUGCAACUGCCACGGACGAGGACGGCCACCCUGAUCUGGACAUUGCUCAGACCUACAAGAUGGCACUGCGUAUCUUUCACCUCCCCAGUGUCCGCACAUUCUGCAUUUUUCUGUUCACGUGCAAGGUGGGCUUUGCCGUAGCUGACAGCGUGACGGGGCUGAAGCUCCUCGAGGCUGGCGUGCACCGGGAAAAUUUGGCCCUGCUGGCAAUCCCGAUGGUGCCCAUUCAGAUUAUGCUGCCACUGAUUAUAAGCAAGCAUACAGGUGGCCACAGGCCACUCGACGUGUUUUUCAAGGCCUAUCCGUACAGGUUACUCCUUGGAGUGGUGUUCAUGGUUCUCCUCCAUUGGACAUAUCAUGUCAAGAAUCCAGAUGGAACCUUCCCCAUUUACUACUACGCAAUCAUUGUUGUUGUCUACGCAGUGCACCAGGUGACCGUGUACAGCAUUUUUGUGUCCCUGAUGGCAUUCCAUGCAAGAGUGAGUGACCCCGCUAUUGGGGGAACUUACAUGACUCUUCUCAACACCAUCACCAACCUUGGCGGCAACUGGCCUGCAACACUUGCACUGUGGAUGGUGGAAAGCCUGACUUUCAAGAGCUGUGUUGGUGCCGCUCAGGGAUGGCUCCACUGUUCAUCCAAGGAAGACCUGGAUGCAUGUAGCAGCCAAGGAGGCACCUGUGAGACUACGAUAGAUGGCUACAACAUCGAGAUGGUGCUCUGCAUAGUGCUCGGUUUCCUGUGGCUCCUCUAUGCACGGCGGCGGGCGCACUGGCUGCAGUCCCUGCCACAGUCUGCAUGGAAGUGCACCUGAUCAUGCUGCAAAUGUGAAGCUUAGCACAAAAAACUGGAAUGAAAACUUCAAUGACAAGCUGUGGAGCUGGCUGCCACUUCUUCCAUCAUUCAUGUAUUGUGUAAAACGCGCAGUUUGGUUUGUUGUGAAAAGCUAUGCUGUGGUACUGUACAUUUGUUAUGUCAAAAAGCAUUCCAACAUUUUCAAAUGUCUCUGCACACAUUUACACUGUAUGAGCGUGAUCAUGUUUUCCUGAUGAAACAGCUUCAUGGCUGUCUUUGGGACUAAGUAAGAAGCGCAAAAAUUAUUGGAUUCCGUAAUUGCCUUAAAUUUUCUUUCCGCUCUCUUGCAUCCAGGAAAAAAGGUAGAAAAAAAAUUCCCCAAUGAUUACGAUGCUCCCUAAUGCAAAAUUUGAGCACAGCUGAUGUUUGAAUUGAAGAUGUCUUGAAUUCCACCGGUUGCAUCGCUCAUUGUUCAGACAGAAAGCGUGAACACUGGAACGUGCGACUCGCGCAGAGCACAUUGUCUAGCGGCCAUGGCGCAGACGAAGUAGUGCAUGCGCAGUGGGUCCGAAGCCCACGGCACCACUUUGUUUCGAUAUAUGGUAUCGGCGGCUGGGUGACGGCACACGCUACCAUGACGCCAUCUAGUAGCAGGUCGCUGCCGUAGAGCACGUCUCAUGUGGUGCUCUGCUUUCUUCCUUACUCUUUUGCCACACUCUCCUCCUCUGCUUUCCUCCUCAUCCUCCGCUUUUUUCCUCCUCGCGGUCUCUCAUCCUCUGCUCGUUGGUACUGCCAUUUAAACCGAGGCCGACGGCAAGACCGACGCGCAUCGAGAAACGGGUGCCUGAGAGCUGCGCUCUAAAAAUCUGGCAGUACCCAUCUUACGAUGAAUGUCGACAUUAAUGCGAUUAGUAUUGAAGCAAUGUAUCGACACACCAUAUUGCAACCACUGAAACGCAUCAUGUAAGAGGCGCAUCUGCAGCCGGUGUGCUCUGUCGCACUUCCCUCCGGACAUGCUGCGCCAUCUAGCAUUGCCGCAGCGAAAUACCCGCAUGACGUGCAUUUAAAUAUAUAUUCAGACAAGAUUUUCUGAAUAUAUGACGUGUUUGUCUCCGCCCACCACUGCAGAAAUUUAAAUGAUUUUUUUUUUUUUUUUGUCAUUGAAGACCAGCACACACCUAGUUGGUAAUACCAAACGACCCCAUUUGGCAUCAAAGACAUUCAUUGAAGAGCAUGCAUGGUGACCCAGAUUGGCAUGAAACAGGUUUAGUGAAGAGCGACACAUGCCUUGUGGCACAUACCUAGGUUCCUUCAUUUUCGGGUGAAACCUGAUAAUUCCCUAUUUUUUGCACCCCAAACAAAAUUUAUGAAAUUCGGGUUAAACUAGAUUUCUCCCCUAAGUUUGCCCUUUCGUAAAGAAUAAUAAUAAAUGCAAGUGUUGCAAAACUAAUGAACGCUGCCCACCUUUUGUGCAAGUAGUAAAUAUAUAUCAAUAUAUUAUUAUUAUUACUAAAUGAAUGCUGCAAAUGCCUUAUUUUCGCCUAAACUCCAGCAAGAACCGGCAUAUAUAAAAGUAUAAUAUAUUCAGUGUCUGCUGGCGUUCACUGAACGAAAGCUUGUUGCUCUUUUAGUUAGCCACAUUUACAUGAAUACGACAGUGGCGCAUUGCAUUGCACUUCCCACACGUCACAUACAUGCAUACAGUGGUAAUACACUUGGAAGCGAAUUAACGCAGUGCUGACGUCGCUCUGUGUUGCAAACGGGAGUUGUGAAAUUGAGACGGUGUUUACCUAACUACGCUACAUUCAAAGAAGGGUGGCUGAUUCAGUCUAGUUGGUACUUCAGUAAUUUUGUUGCAAGAGUUUAUAUCAGGAACGAGUAAAACAGGACGACAACAAACCAACAUGUCUAGGAUGGAGACAGAAAUGCUCAAGAUGUGUAUGAUAUAAUGUAUGUCAACAAGGGCUUGUGAGCUAAGGAAACGCAUCACACCUCCUGCGAAGCAUGCCCGUGUGCGCUACUUUCUGGUACUUUAUUCCUUUGUUAAGAAACUCGCAGUUUUGCCCAAAAGGUGAAGCAUUGAUUGCCAGAGCAAAUUAUUAGACAGCUAUAUGCAGUAAGGUGAAUAGUUUUAUCAGCUGUAUAAACUACCACAAAUGUUCACUUACUAACUAAAUUAACAAGCACGGUGUCAUGCGUGCAUAGGCAAACACAAACACAUCUCCCUCGAUGACCUCAGACACUCGCUGUCAGAACGCUGGCAUGAUGAUGAGCAGCAGCAGUGGUGAGCAAAUUCCCCAUCAUGCUGCUUCUUGCUUCAAUGUGAACUAGGCACGUGAUAACACAGCGCACAUGAAGCCGUCCGCUAUCCGGUCGGCUAAACUUCAAACCCACCACACAGAUUGCCUCAAAGAUAGGAUGCGCACAGCCUCGCCAUGCGGAGCCGCGGCCGGAGUAAAAGCGGAGACGCGCGUACCCUGCCCCCCCCCCCCCUUUCCUAUGCGCACACAUCUCCCCGCUUUCACCCUUGCACCCACGAAAAGUGAGCACGCACACUCUCCGCCUUCCUCCUUUGCUUGCACGAGAAGAUGCCGCCGCCCAAGCCAUCAUCCCUCUCGGCUCACCCUCACAUGGUUUCCCUCACACCUACAGCAUACGGUGUGUGGCCGUAAUCUUAUCGCACUUGUACUUUAUACGAAACAUCACACCGACGGCUGAAAUUCCCCCAGUAGUGUCCAUAUAAUUGCAAUCGCAAUAAACGUGCAGAGAACAGUGUGAAAAAAGAAUCGCCACACCCGUCUCUAUUUGUUGUUUUGUUUAACGUACGUCGGGUUUCUCUUAAAUGUAUAUUAAUAAUGCCUGACAAUGAGGAUUUAUAGAGAUGAGUUCAUCACAUGAUUUGCAAGCACCUGUCUUUGCCAUUGCAUGUUCCUUUGAGUGAUUUUGCUCGUUUGAAUACAACGCUUGUGUCCAAACGGAGACCACUACAUGUGUUAGUCAUUUGUAAAAGGUAAUUUUUUUUUAAAUAGCACCCAAUUUCUACCCCCAGAAUUUCAAAAAAUAUAAAACCCAGAAAUGAAUGUCCCUACUUAAUACCAACUUGAACCUAGUGGUUCAAGUUGGUAUUAAAGAGGUUCGUUGAAGUGUGGCACAUACCCAGUAACACAAGUUGGUGUGAAACGGCUUAACUGAUGAGCAGCACAUAACCAAUCUCGCAUAUCCGUGACCAAAAUUGGUCUGACGAUUGGUGGUUUCGAACUAGAUUCCUUCACCGUAGCAGCCCAAUGCUCUACCCGGUGACCCAAGUUGGCGGGGAAACAGUUAGAGACAUACAGCCUCCGAAAGUGCAUGAAGUACCCUAGCAAUGCUAUUCGCAUUAAAAAGUUAUCAUCGCCUAUUUUUAUGUCCACUGCAGGACGAAGGCCUCUCCCAGCGAUCUCCAAUUGCCCCUGUCUUUCACUAGCCAAUUCCAACUUGCACUGCAAAUUUCCUAAUUUCAUCACCCCACCCAAUUUUCUGCCGUCCUCGACUGCACUUUCCUUCCCUUGGCACCUAUUCUAUAACUCUAAUGGCCCACUGGUUUUCUGCCCUACGCAUUACAUGGCCUGCCCAGCUCAAUUUUUUUCUCUCUUACUGUCAACUAGAAUAACGGCUGUCCCCGUUUGCUCUCUGAUCAUUAAAAAGUAUGGCAGGGAUAAAGCUGCGCAUGGUACGUGUGUACACAAGCAUUGUCAUAUUCCUCAUGGUGGCCAUAAUGACAAAUCGGUGUUUUUGCGGAUACAAUAUCAAUACAUUUCUUUAAAACCACAUCCUGACAGAACGGACUAGUCUACCGGCUGAGAAUAGAGGGAAUUGUUUUACACUUCACGCCACUUCACGCCACUUUUGGGCAUACACAGUAGUUACCAUUUACAAUGCAUAUUGAACUGGAACACUGCUCCCCUAAAUCUGACAGUGCAGAAAAAACUUGUCAAACAAGUUUCAGACUCUUGAAUGUCAGAUCGAUUUACUGUGACAUAUUUAUUGAGAAUAAUAAAAAAUGUUGUUUCACA